AUGGUGGCAACUGAAUAUGAGCACUGUAUUCAUUUUGAGGACAUCCUCAGAGAUGAUCUACGAGUCCUGAUAGCUCUACAGAGGGAGCAAGAUUUUACUGUAUUGGUAGAAAAGGUGAAAAUUGCCAAUGAUGUAAAACGUGCUAAGCACCAGCAUCGUGAGAAGGACAGGGGAAGGAAUAAGAGGGUUUGGGAGCCUCAGCCUUGUGUUGAUUGUGGAAGACGCCAUCAGGGCGAGUGCUGGAAAUGUAUAGGGGCAUGUUUGAGGUGUGAAUCUUUGGAGCAUCUCAUUAGAGAUUGUUCAUGGAGAUCCGAUCAGAUGCAAGUUAUUGGUAUGGGUAAAGGUGCUGGUCAUACUGAGGUGAGGCAGCCAACACUGGUUUACACUGCACGUCGCCGAGAGGAUAGAGAUGCCCCAGAUGUUAUUUCAAGUACGUUCUUUAUCCAUAAUCACUACAGUGGCGUUAUAGUGUUGAGUCCAUUAGGGCAGUCUGUGAGAGUUAAUAAACUGUUUAAGGAUGUACCCAUGGAGGUUCAAAGGGUGAUCUUUUUAAUAGAUUUAAUGGAACUUCCUUUUGGAGAAUUUGACUUGAUAUUGGGCAUAGACUGGUUGGUUAAGCAUCAGGUGAAUUUGGACUGUGCUGCAAAGUGGGUGGUACUGAAAACUAAAAAGGGUGAUGAGGUAGUUCUGAUUGGAGAGCGUCGAAGUUAUCUGUCAAAUGUGAUUUCUGCACUUAGAGCUGAGAAGUUGGUUUGUAAGGGUUGUGAGGCGUAUCUAGCUUACAUCAGUGCUUUGGAUUCUGAGGUUCCGUCUGUUAAAGAUAUCAGAACAGUUAAGGACUUUCUGAACGUCUUUCUCGAUGAGCUACCUGGGUUACCUCCAAACUGUGAAGUUCCGUCUGUUAAAGAUAUCAGAACAGUUAAGGACUUUCUGAACGUCUUUCUCGAUGAGCUACCUGGGUUACCUCCAAACUGUGAAGUUGAUUUUGGGAUUGAUCUCCUACUUGGUAUAGCUCUUGUGUCUAUUGCCCCUUAUAGAACAGCACCGAAAGAACUUGAUGAGCUUAAAGCUCUGAUUUAA